UAAACCGAAUUAUCCGAACUGGCAGAGCUAAUUUGAAGUAACUGUCGCGGCAAGGUGAGAGAUUGAAGCAGAGAUCUCUCUCUCUCACCCACACCACACCGUUAUCUAUCGCAGCGGCGGAAGGAUUGUGCAUCAAUGGUGAAGGCGCUCCAAGGCGCGGCUCAGAAUCUGCCGGCGGAUGUGAACCAAUUGAUCGAUCAGUUAGAGCGUCAUUGCUUGUCUCCCGAUGGAUCUCUUGUCACCAAAUCAGCCUACUACGAUCUCCACCUCGCGAGAGAGGAGAUGUCUCGGGAGAGACUACGUUACUUGGAAGCUAUGGCUAUCUACUGUGAAGCUGUUGCUAUGGUAGAAGAAUAUCAGCAAGCUCUUUUCCCUCAAUUUGGCUUGAAGAAUUCUCCUCAGGUUUAUGAGACUCUAGAGCAUAGGUUGGUGGUUGCUGAGGCAGCUCAGAAACUGAGGCUACCUCUUAUUUCAGAUGACGGUGAAAUCCACGAGGAAGAAAUCGAAAAGUGGAGUAUACUUCUAUCAAGAAGCUCUCUAGAUAGUGCGAGCACGAGUUUUACGAUUAGCUCCGCUUCUAACUCGCUGAACUAUGCGAAUAGCUAUGCAAACAGUCUUGGUGCUGCUCCUGAUACUGACCUAGUUGGUGGUGCGCCCAAUCGCUUUCUUGGAGUAACACCUGCUUAUUUAUCAUAUGUCCAGCUUCAAAAUACUAUCUCCAUGGAUAUGGCUGACUACCAAAUGUUUCUUUCCCGUGAGAUAGAAGGUAGACUGAAGGAAAAGUGUGAUAAGUUGGCUGAUGCCAUUGUUGAUGACACUGAUUCAUCUACAGGAAAUCAAAACUCAAGUGCUAGGCUCCCAGAAAGGGUUAAAUUUAUCAUUGAGGAGAUUGAAAGAGAAGAGGCAGCUCUACGAGAGGACCUCUACUCGGCUGACAGGAAGUUUGCAGAAUAUUACAAUGUCCUGGAACAAAUACUCGGGGUACUUAUAAAGCUUGUGAAGGAUCUGAAGUUAGAACAUCAACAUAAAUAUGAUGAGAUGCAGAAGACUUGGUUGUGUAAAAGGUGUGAAACAAUGAACGCAAAAUUAAGGGUUUUAGAACAUAUUCUCCUCCUUGAGACAUACACCCCUGAAUCCAUACCAGCCUUGCACAGCAUCAGGAACUAUCUAGUGGAGGCUACAGAAGAAGCUUCAGCUGCAUACAACAAAGCGGUUACUCGGCUGAGAGAAUAUCAAGGAGUGGAUCCGCAUUUUGACACAAUUGCGAGACAGUACCAUGACAUUGUUAAGAAACUGGAAAACAUGCAAUGGACAAUCCAUCAAUUUGAAAUGGACCUUAAGGCGCAUGCUUGAGAUCGCUAGAUUCAUCUACGUAAUUGUUUCAUUCAUUACUUGUAAUCUAAUCUCUUCCUUUGUUGUAUCUAUUACUCUGAUUUAGUCCUUUCAAAUUUCACACAAAUGAAAGAACAAACGAGAUUUAUCAGUUCA